AUAAACUUAUUAAAUAGAAAUGUUAUAAGUUUCGAUGAGUUCCAGCGUCGAAUUGGGCGUGGAGGCAGAAGAGGAACUGUUCCACAAUACUAUCAGAGCUAUUUUCGUGUCUUGCCUAUUCUUCUUUGCCUUCUAUACGAGUGCUCAUUUCCUCAUAUCUCAUUUUAAAAGAGAACCAGAAUCAGAGGACUAUUAUUUGCUGGAUUGUGAAACAACAGCAUACGCAUUAUUCCAACUUCAUCAUGAAAAUGAUACACAUCCGCAACAGAUGGGCGCUCCAUCUUCUGGUUGGACUGUUGUUCUCUUGGUCUACAAGAUUCCUUACUACCUGUGCACAUUCUCACUCGCGUGUUCUAUGGCAGCCGUCUGUCUUCUUCCAUUCUCAAUCUUAUCGAAUGAAGUUCUUACAAGGUAUCCAGACAACUACUACCUGCAAUGGCUGAAUAAGAGCGUUGUCUAUGUGCUGUGGAACAGUCUUUUCUUUCUGUGCAACUUAUCACUUUUCCUACUGCUGCCGUUUGCCUACUUUUUCACAGAGAGCCAAGGAUCACCUGCACAUACGCGCACACACUAUUCGCACGCAGCUUCAAUUGCUGCCAAAGUUUAUGAGACGUUUGUAUCUCUGUUCUGGCUCACUGUAAUGGUGGUGGGACUAGUUGUCAUCUUCUGUGCAAUAACCGACUUCGAUUACUACAGUAACACCCCUUCGCCAACAACAACUUCUUCGCCCGCAGUUUUCUCGCCCGACAACGGCAGUGUCCUUUCUGGUAUUGGUAUUGAUCCCUUCAGAAGUGAUCACAUCAUUAAGCAGUCGGCGGCACAUAUCAACAUGGAAACUCAACAACGAAACAACUUGCUCUUAAUAUGGAGUGUGAGUUGGAACUUCAUUCCCCUUCUCUACUCGUGUAUGUCUUUGAUCGGAGCCUGUUUCCACCUGUUCUGCACUCCACUGGGGUUUGCUAAGUUAUUCACAGUACUUGGUAAAGUGUUGACCAAGCCACAGUUUCUACACGAUAUCCAACAGGACAGAGACUCGCUCCAAUUGCAGAGAGACUUGCUGACUAGGAGAAUAGAAGUUGAGCAACAACGCAGUCUACCUGCCCAGGAUGAAAGCAAGAGCGGCAGAAAAGUCACUGAAAGUGGGAAAACGAAACAAACUUUCUUGAGCAGCAGUUUCUCGGGUUUCGACCGACGUCAUUUUAACAGCAGACUCAGAUCAUACUCCGAUUUGAUUGAGGAUUCCGAUGAUGAUUCGCUCAGCAUGCAAAGGGCACAGCCACAGCACUCGAAACUAUCUCAAUCGGGGUCAAUUCAUGGCACUAUUUUAGCUGCCAAUCGAGACGCAAGAUCGACUAAUGCAAUUGGAGGAUAUUCAUCUCAAAGCUCAGUACUGAGCACAUUGCAGUCAGAUCUGAUUGGCGUGGAAGCCGAGUUAGCUGAAGUUGAACGGAAGUUAUCUGUGGCCUUCUGGAGACGCAAUCUGGGAUACCCUCUGAUGCUACUCCUGCUUCUGGCCACAACAUGUCUAUGUGUGUUCUUGGUGGGCAUCAACCUCAUAGCCCUGGCUCUGGGCCAGACUUCUCUCCCGUUUGUUCAAGACAAGCAACAGUCCGCUGGAACUACGACACUGGACAGCGCCAUUCACAGUCUGAGUCUGCGUGGGAGAGGGGGUCUGUUGAGCAGUGUGGGUCUGGGGUGGGUUGGAGUGUGCACUGAGGUAUGCCUCACUUUCUACUUCAUGCUCGCCUCCCUCAUCGGGUUCUACAACCUGCCAUUCCUCAGAACACUCCGUCCAGUAAAGGGAGAUACGGCCUUGCACAUUCUCAUUGUGAACUGUGUGUUGAUUCUGAUCGUGGGAAGUGCACUGCCUCUGGUGAUGCGCACUCUGGGUCUGGUGAGUCUGGACCUGAUCGGGCGAUUCGGAAGACUGACCUGGUUGAACAGUCUGCAGCUGGUGCUCACAUACAAUCUACUGUUCGCGGCGCUCUCAGUGUGGUGUUUGACGCACACGUUCACAGCAGCAGUGAGGGAGGAGCUCUACAUGCGAUAUGUGUUCCUCAAGUGUCAACUAAUGGCUUACUACCAUAGAUGUACACAAUUAUACAGCAGCUACACCAGAUACCAGUACCAUAACAACUCGGAACUGGCACGCAAACUUCUAGCCAGAUUCAUUCGCAAUGCAGCAGCGCCGCCAGAGUAAUCGAAAACCGUUGAAAACUUCAGCAUGAAUGAUUUUGCCAAAAAAGAUGAAUGACAAUUGAGGAUUGUUUUAGAAAUUAUUCCCUAGGUGAUUAGUUUUCUUUUAUAGAUGUAGUAAAAUUAUGCGAUAGUGCAGUAUUCUAAGCAUUCCAACAUUAAAGAGGUGUGUCAAUAAUUUGAAUGGUAUAAAUUUUUUCUGAAUUGAUUUUGAAGUUAUACUGGCGCUUUUUGAAGCGUUUUUGAAAUAGUUUAUUUGUACUCCUGUGGUACACGUCCAAGUUGACUUAGUUUGAAUUGUUUAUGUCGACAAAAUUAUUUGGUUAUAAAACACUAUUUAACGUUUU